UGCUCCUUAAUGAAGGUAGCAGCAUAGAAGAAAGCAGCAUGAAUAAGAAAUUAAGGUUGAAGGGGUCAAUGAACAUGAAGAUCCCGUCUGAUCGGCUCAGGAGGAACAAAGGACACGGAGGUUCGGUUCGCUACACACCGGACUGGGACAGCCUGGACGCCAGACCUCUCCCACAGUGGUACGACGACGCCAAGUUCGGGAUUUUCAUCCACUGGGGGGUCUUCUCUGUCCCUGCCUACGGCACUUUCAGUGAGUGGUUGUGGUGCUGGUGGAAGUACGACAACCACACCGAUGUCAUCAAGUUCAUGGAGGAGAAUUACCCACCGGGCUUUGCGUACGCAGACUUCGCAACUCAGUUUAAGGCUGAAUUCUUCAAUCCGCACGACUGGGCUGACAUAUUCUACUCCUCUGGAGCCAAGUAUGUGGUUUUCACAUCCAAGCACCAUGAAGGAUACACAAUGUGGCCCUCUCUUACCUCCUGGAACUGGAACUCAAUGGAUGUGGGUCCUCACAGAGACAUUGUGGGAGAGCUGGCUGUAGCUAUCAAAAAACGGGGUCUACAUUGGGGUCUCUACCACUCUCUUUUUGAAUGGUUCAACCCUCUAUACAUGUUAGACAAAGCUAAUGGCUUCAAGACCCAACAUUUUGUAGCCGCAAAGGCUCUUCCUGAGCUAGUGGACCUCGUGGUGACGUAUGAACCAGAACUGAUCUGGUCUGAUGGGGACUGGCAGGCCCCUGACACCUACUGGAACUCCACACAAUUUCUGGCCUGGCUCUACAACGACAGUCCAGUCAAGGAUACGGUGGUCACCAAUGACAGGUGGGGUAAAGGCUGCUACUGCAAACAUGGCGGCUACUAUAACUGCAAAGACAGGUUCACGCCUUCUAGACUUCCAGACCACAAAUGGGAGAAAUGCCAAACCAUCGACAAGCGCUCCUGGGGCUACCGAAGAAACAUGAAGCUGAGUGAAGUCAUGGACUUGCCAUCCAUCAUCAGGGACAUGGUUUAUGUGGUGGCGCUGGGAGGCAACUACCUGCUGAACAUUGGGGCGAUGUCAGAUGGAAUGAUAGCCCCGGUGUUUGAGGAUCGGCUGAGGGGACUCGGGGGCUGGUUGAAGGUCAAUGGGGAGGCCAUCUAUGCUACCAAACCCUGGAGGGUCCAGAAUGAGACCGAAACUGUUGAUGUCUGGUACACUGCCAAAAACCUCACAGUUUAUGCCAUAAUCCUUGGCUGGCCAACCAAACAACCAUUUGAGCUCUUAUCCCCAACGCCAUCAAAAGACACCAAGGUUACUAUGCUGGACUAUCCCGAUGUCCCACUGAAGUGGGCCCCACUGAAUCAAACAGAUGGAAUUGCUGUUGCUAUGCCUGAAAUGCCUUUUGCACCAGGACAGGCUUGGACUCUGAAACUGGAGGGAGUGGUGUGAUGCUCUAGACAUGUAACACAAACCAGUUAAGUUGUUUUUAGGCCAAAGGUUAUGUUGUAAUGUCAAAAUGUGUGUGCAGUUGUUGUUUUUAUAAUUUUGAUUGUCAGGGUCAUAUGAUUUAUAAUGCACAGUGAAAUACAUAUGUUAUCUUAGACAGAAUAAGAAGCACUUUAUGUUUAUAAUUACUGUGUUUGAAGUCGUGGUUUUUUUCUGCUGGGAUAAAAACAAGCAUCUCUGUUAGUGGUGUUACAUAAAAGCUCUAUGGACGCAUUUUAACUUUUGUAUGCAUUUAGAAAAAAAUGUAGUUUACAUACAAUGCUUAAUUUUGGGAGAUUUUACAUUUAAGGGAAAGUCUUUAAACAGGAGUCUUUCAUUCAGGGCAUUUUUAUACAGGGUUUUUAAUAUAAAGGUUAGAGAAAUCUUUGUUAUACUUUGUUUUCUUUUAAAACCCAAUGGACUUCAAAUAAAGUUUGUGUUGUCAAGAACUGGAUUGAGAACUGGAACUGGAAGAACUCGCAGGGCGGAAGGUUGUGGGUUCAGUCCCCAGCUCAAACGUUGAUGUGUCCUUGGGUAAUUUGCUCCCACUGCCUCAGUGGGUGUAUGUAAAUGUGUAUGGAUGCAUUUGAAUGGUAUUAGUUAAUACUGAUGGUUUAUUCUCCAUAGCAGCUUAGCAUAAAUGUGUAAGUGAAUGUGUAGGUGUGACCUGCAGUGUAAAAACGCUUUGAGUUGUCAGCCAACUAGAAAAGUGCUUAACAAGCUCAUGUCCAAAGUUUAAUGAAAAUCUAAAAACAAAAUAAGUGUAUUUUGUACUUCCUAAGCUACCUGAAAAAUAGACAACAUUUUUAGUCCUUGAAACAAGUACAUUAACUGAUAUCCUUAACAAGUUGUCUCAGGCACAGGUAUUUACAUUCUACAUUGCAGAAGUUAAAAUUGAUGCUUUUGUUUUCUUAAACAUUCUUUGACCUUUUGUAAGAAAAAGGGGACACUGACGUAUGGACCUCUUUAGCAUUAGACAACAGAUGUUGGACCACCCCAGUCACCCAAGCCUAUGGAGUGUAAAAUGAUCUGAUGUGAUGUGUCAAGACUUUAUAUAAUUGUAAUUUUAGGGCUAGAUAUGCUCAGAUAUCAAAUUUGAUUCAA